AUGGCCGACAGGCUGAGAGACUUUAUGAGGAUGAAUCCUCCUAUUUUCACAGGGUCUAACACUUCGGAGGAUCCUUAUGAGUUUGUGGAUAAGAUCUUGGUGGCUCUGGGGGCCACAAAUACUGAGAAAUCUGAGUUGGCUUCAUAUCAACUUAAGGAUAUUGCACAGACUUUGUUUAAGAUGUGGCAAGAUAGACAAGUUAUGGGCGGAGUUCCGGUAAUUUUGGAGCUGUUUAAGAGAGCCUUCCUGGAGAGAUUCUUUCCCAGAGAGAAGAGUGAGGGCAAGGUUGAGGAGUUCAUCACCCUUAAACAAGGAUCCAUGAAAGUCAGGGAGUAUUCCCUGAUGUCUCUUAAACUAUCCAGUUAUGCAACUUCACUUGUAUCUAACAGCUGGGAUGAGAUGAGCCGGUUUCUCACAGGAAUAAAUGAAGAUCAGGAGGAGGAGUGUCGGUCUGCGAUGCUCCAUGAUAACAUGGACCUCUCCAGGUUUAUGGUUCAUGUCCAACAGGUAGAGGACAACCGCAAGAAGAGGGCCAUUCAUGAUGCUAGGAGGCCUAAGCCUCAAGAUCAGGCAGGUCCAAGCCAUGGAAGCCACAGAAACAAUUUUGGUGUCAUGAGCAGCGCAUGUUCAUAA